AUGGCUGACGCACAGAGUGAAGUGAACCUCGUGGAUCUGUCGCUAGAGCAGCUCAAUGCGCUCAAGGGCCAGCUAGAGAAGGAGACACAGCAGCUUACGGUGUCGUACGGAGGUCUACGUGAGGCCCAGUCGCGAUUUACCGAGUCCAAGGAGGCGCUCAAGAGCAUGGCGGCUGCUGACCUGAACAAGGAGGUGCUGGUGCCCCUCACGGCGUCCAUGUUUGUUCCUGGCAAGCUGGCAAACAAAGAAGAAGUACUAGUGGACGUGGGUACCGGAUACUUUGUGGAGCAGUCAGUUGAGAAGGCUGAGCAGUUCAUGGACCGGAAAGUUGAGUUCUUGCAGAGCAACACGGAGCAGCUCAAGACGGUCAUCGACGGCAAGCGUAACAUGCUUGAGGCUGUGCUUAUGAUCAUGCAACAGAAGAUGCAGGAGGCGCAGCGCCAGUAGACGUCAUACAGACCAGCGCAUUACGAUAAAUAGCCCAGAAACAGAGUGUGUCCAUCUUUGUCCUUCUCCAGCUCUAUACUCAACAGCAAUUGUACUCGC